GUAGAAGGAUUAUGCGCUUACGUUUACUUCCAACGGAGGAUAGAACCGGACCGGGUAAUAAAUAACCCGGUGAAGCCCCUGCGCCAGAGCCGGAGGAGGAGGCGGGGACGGAGAGGAGCCCGCUGACCCCAAACACGCCCUUUGACAUUCCAGGUGGCCAAUCGAACGCCAGGCUGAGCAGCGAGCGGGAGAAGAGCCAAUCGCCUGGGCGCGGAGGCGGGACUUGCGCAGUUGCUGGCUGGCUGUCCCGGUCGGAGCGGCGCGGUUGUCCAGCGGCGGUUCGGUCCCCCCUCACUGCACUGAAAAUGCACGCGGAUGCAGUCAAACUUGACAGAAGACGUCGGCCAAGACGACCAACAAUCAGGAAAUCUUCGGUCUUGCAGUUGUCCCUCCGACUGCUGUAACAAGGGAAUGCCACCCAGGAAAAAGAGGAGACCUACAGUAGCAGAUGAUCUAACAGCUAAAAAAAGCAGGCACGAUGGCACCAUGUACAGGAAACAAGACUCGACUAGGAUGAAGCCUGAAGAAGAAGGGUUCUCCAGCAAGCGAUGCUUAGAGUGGUUCUAUGAGUAUGCAGGUAGUGAUGAUGUCAUAGGCCCUGAAGACAUGGAGAAAUUCUGUGAAGACAUUGGAGUAGAACCUGAAAAUGUGGUGAUGUUGGUGCUAGCUUGGAAACUGGAUGCCCAGAGCAUGGGUUACUUCAGUCUACAAGAAUGGUUGAAAGGAAUGACCUUAUUACAAUGCGACACAACUGAAAAACUGAGAAAUUCACUAGAUUACUUGAGGUCGUUGUUGAAUGAGCCCACAAAUUUUAAACUUAUAUACAGAUAUGCAUUUGAUUUUGCACGGGAAAAGGAUCAACGCAGUUUGGAGAUGAGCACUGCUAAAUGCAUGCUGGGACUACUUUUAGGAAAAACUUGGCCACUCUUCCCAGCUUUUCAUCAGUUCCUUGAGCAAUCCAAGUAUAAAGUGAUCAACAAGGACCAGUGGUGCAACGUGCUUGAAUUUAGCAGAACAAUUAACCUUGAUCUUAGCAACUAUGAUGAAGAUGGGGCUUGGCCAGUCUUAUUGGAUGAAUUUGUGGAAUGGUUUAAAGACAGACAGAUGUCCUAGCACUUUAAAUUCGGGAACAACAUCCAUAUUCAAAAUUAGCCAUAAAAGACCUAAGAAAACAGAUUCGAAAUGCGUUUUUGUUUUAUCCCCUCCCAAAAAAAUCUGACUUGCUGUAAGCAUUAAAUAUCUACAAGCACUUAAAUCCAGUAUCAAACUUUCUUCUGAGCCUGUUUUGUGUUUUUGUAAUGGGACUACAAUAAUGGUACAGCAAACCACACUGUGAUAGCUUGCUGUUGACUUUGUGAAUUGUGUUGUAAGCUGUUUCACGCAGAAAUCUUUUAAAGAUAAUUCGGAUGAAAAUUGUAUUAAAUGGUUAAAAGUCUUAGAUAAACAUUUGUUGAAAAGACUUGUUAACUAAACCAGUAUAUGUAUGCAUUUAGAACUGUUCUGUAUAGCUUGACUGAAUCUCAAGAUUACAUUAUUUUUAGAGUAUAAAUUGUAGGGACUGUGGUAUAACAAAAUUUUGAUUCGUUGCACCAAGCUGUAAUCUGUUGAAUUAAUGCAUCAUAAUGGGUUGCUUAAACCCUAAUUCUUGCCUUGUGUUUCCUGGCUAAUAGGCUGGGCUGCUUUUCUUUCUUGUUCUAUUUUGUAUAACUAGCUGCAAACGUUAAAUUGGGCACAGAACCUUGAUAGUGAUACCAAGUUUGCACAAUUUUAAAGUUAUUAGAAUGUGUGAAUGUCAGAUGUACAGACCAGCUAAUAUUCUGGUAUGUGUUCACAUCAGAAUCAUGUGAAUUGAUUUUUUUUCCCCUUUUUUUUAAUUUGUACUGGUCAAUGAAGAGAAAAGGACUGACUUGGUCUUUCUGGUUUUUUUUUUGUUAAUACAUUGUUGCAGGUCAGUUGCACUAAUGUAACUUGGCUUUGAUUUAAACAUUGGAUUAAGAUUAACAUGAAUUGUAACAUGAUGGUGUCAUUAAAGCUACUUUUUGACCAUGUCAGCAAUUUGUGCUUCUAAAGCAGGUGAUUUUCUAGUUUGCAUUUUUCUGUUGCCUUAGACAACCUCUACCAAAGAUGUUUAUUGCCUAUCUAGCCAUACGCAGAAAAGUAAUAAAAUCUGAAAUCCUUGUACUAUAACAAUUGACCUGUAUGCCAUAGUAACUGCAUCAUUUUUUUUUCUCAAAUUCCCAUGCAUUUGAAAAAUGGUGAAUUUUUAUGUGAUAUGGGGCACUGAUGAUGCAUUAUUGGUAGCAAUUUAAUUAUAAGGAGCAAGGCAUCCUUUUAACUUUUUUCAGCAUUGAUUAUGCUAUUAAGGCAAAAAUAUUAUUUGUUACAUGUGUAAGGAUUGGUCUUUCCCAAAAUAAACUUGCUCAUGUCAACUGUGAAUAGUAUUCUACAAAAAUGCAACAAUGUAGGUAAGGCAGUUACGGUAUACUAAAUUAAUUACUUUCAGUCAAGUUUAUCAACAAGAUGAAGUUAAUAGCACAGUCUUCAAAAGAUUAUUACCCGAAGUGUUUAUUUUGGACAAUAUCCUGUAUAUCAAAAUGCAGUCUUUUAAUAGGAACUUUUUGAAGUGUUAGGUAUUGUCAUCAUCCUUUUCCUUUCCAAAAACAUAUAAUGGAAAAUAAAGUUUCAUGAAUUUAUAACAUGAAACAAGGGCUGGUUGAUCUCCACUUUGAGGUUAAAAUAUUGCUAUGAUCAACAGGGAAUGCAUCAUCUGAUUUAAAGAUCAUUACAUGAAAAUGCAGUUUGAAGCGGCUGGUUGUUUAAUAUCGAAUCUUUUUUUGUAAAGCCUUUCCUUUUCCUCCUCUUCCCUUCUCUCUUCUCUUUCCAACCCCCCCCCAGAACCACAUACAGGCACGUGCACAUACAUACACACACCUUUUUUUGGACUGGAUCUAUUAUAAAGACACACUUUGCUUAAUGCACCUUUUACAUUGUAGUUGAUUACUAACUUUACUGGCUUAGUUUUCAGUCUUCCAGUAAUAUACAAACUACUACUUAAUGUUGACUUGGAACGUGACAUGCUCAUUAAGUUAUAGAUGCAUUUUAAAGGAUGUAUAUCAGUAUUAAACUGUGUAGUUUAUUGAAGCAUAAUUGAAGAAAAAUAUCACCUGCCAUUUAGAAUGGGCAGAGUUUUGGAAAUGUAGGCUUUAAUAUGAACUAUCUUGUAUGCUUAUUUUUCUUAGUUCUCCAUUUUUCUUCUGGAAUUGCCUGCAAAUAGUAUAAUCUUAACAAAACAAAUUGUAUUGGCUAAUACGCCAAUAAUAUGCAAAAUUCUUUGGUCAUUUCUAGCUGUAGUUAAAUUUACACUUUGAUUUAACUUCAUGUUGAAGUGGCAUAUUUUACAUUGAAAUUGGAUCAAUUACUGCAAUCCUAGUGUAAAAGGCACCUCUAGGGCACCUUUUUUUGUGAAGGUUAUGAACUAGUUGAAAUAGUUUUUUGGGUAUUACUGGCAAUUAAUGUCAUGAAGUGUCAUAUGUUUGGCAUUCAUCCAACACUGCCAGUCCAAAUUUUUCACUUAGAUCAUUUAGGCAAAUUAGCUAUUUAACAAUCUAGAUACAGUAAAAAUCUAUAAAUUUGCACUUUAUGGGAGCAUUUAAUUCAAUAAAUGGCAUGUGUGAAAAUGCCUGAAUUGCUGAGUCAUAGUACACUAACAUUUUUCAAGAAUGACUGUGCCCUUGUUUCACUGACUUGCACAUUGUAAAUUAUCUAAUAGUUUACACUGACAAAUGAAAUGUGGCAGCCUGUUGAUGAUUUGUGAUACCCAUUUUGCUGAUGGAUGAACUAAAUAUAGCUUUCACCAAUAUACCAUGAAUGUUGAUAAUUCAUUACUAAGAUUUAUAGAAUAUCACCUGUUUUAAUUUCCUUCCCCUCUCCAUAAAGUUCAGAAUGAGUCUUUGUAUGGAUCCCAAAAACUGCCUUAUAGAAUGAUGUAAUCUAUAUUAAGUAAUUUUUGUGAUGACUAAGCUGUUACAUUAUUUUCUCCUUGGACGAGUUCACAAAAUUGGGGAUGCUGUAUUUUAUUCUCAUAGAAAGGAUCUUUUAUCAAGCUUGUUUUUGUAUUCUUUGUCCUGUCACUGUAUGUAGGUAUAUAUUUUUUUUGGUGGUUCAAAUUAUUUGAAUAAUAUUGCUAAUAGGUUUAAAAUAUCAAAGUUCUGCGAUGUUUAGUCAAAAUCAAUGUAAAGCAUGUCUUGUGUACAACAGAACAGUUGUUCAAAUAAGUGGUGCUCCCACUCUUUAAGGUUUUAUAAUUUUAAAGUCUUCCUCAUUUGAAUAGUAAAAAAAUAACUUGUUGGGUGCAUUUUUUUGUAUGUUAAGCCAAGCUUUUUAUUUUUGUUAGCACACAGUAUCUGUAUUUACAUUAGUGUUAUUAAAUGUUGAUAAAGUUGAAAAGUUGAUGUUUCAAUUUGUUACAUUCAUAUAAAAUAGAAAGCCAAAGACCUUCUACCAAAUACUCCUUGAAAAGACAAGAUCACUCUUGAGGAAAAUAACACACUACAUAACCUAAACUGUAGAAGUGAUAGAAAAUAUAUUUUGGUAACAAAAAUAUCACUUUUUGAAAAAGGGUGAAAUUGCUUUGUGUUAGGCAAUGGUAUAAAUGCAUUACAACAGUUACAUCUAUUUCUGAUUUUUUUCAAAACUUUUUGGAGGAGAUAUUUGGUCCUUGCAGACCGAGCAGUAAAACUCUGUUAAUCUGGUAUGCUUCGACCUUUGGUGCUGGACAAGUAGGUUUUCUGGACUAUCAUAUGUUAAUCUAUUAAUAAUCCAAUACUUAAAUUGUUACAUAGUGGAAUAAGUUUUCCAGUGAACUCUUAAGGGGAAUGUGGGAAAUAACCAGGUGAGAGUAAAAGGAGCAUGGCAACUGGAAGCCCAGUGAGUGGAAGAGAAAUUUUUAAAUUAAACUUGUUAUAAGUUGUUUUCCUUCCUGGUAUUUCUAAAUUGAGUCAAUUAAAAAUUGAGACUUGCCUCUCCAUUGAAAUGAAUGAAUUUGAUGAAUUGUUGGCAAUCUAAUCUAGUGUAGAUACAGUAGCAGAUGCCAGUGGUUUCACAUAACAGCCAAGAGUGCAAGAAGUUCAUGCUUCCCAGCAGCAGACUGCAGUUGGUGAACCAAUGCAAGUGCUGCUGGAUUUGAGUUGAAUCAAGAGAUUCUGGCAAUUAUGUGGAACCACUGGUAUUUCUCAAGAAAAUCCUGGUCAACAAAAAUGAAUGUUGGCUUAACAAUUAAAUACAUUAAAGAAUCACCAGCAAUGUAUCAGUAAAUGAUGAAUGCUGAGAUUAGACCAGAUGGGACUGAAAUAUCAAACUUUUUUUCUCAAAAUAAAUGGUUUUAAUUUAAUGAUUAUAAUAAACUUUUGCCAACUUGACAAACUACCUGACUAUAGAAGGCCUAGUAUUGGAAUUUUAAAUCUCCUGUUGGACUUUGUGUGGCCAAGCAUAGGAUGUUUGGUGUAUUUUUCAGUGCAUUCACACCAGUUGGAGUGACUUUUUUUCUUUCCCACAAUGUGAAGUAAUUUGCAAACAGUGCUGCUGGUGGUAGCAUGCUGAAUUGGAGGAUUUCCAGACUCCAGAAAUGCAGAUCUUUAUACACAAGGGAAAAUAAAAAGCAACAGAUGAUUGAAUUCAAAGCUAUACUUGGAAAAACAUACUGAUUUGAUGAAGAAUAUUGUUGAUCUUUAAAUAGCUAUUUUACUAGCUAACCAGUUAAGUUGGUUGCAUUCUCUAUCUACUCUGAUUCAGUGCUGCUUUUCAGUGUCAGAACAUCAAUGCAUAAAAAGGAUAUUGUAUACUUGAGUGUAUAGUUUGGGCGCAAAGCAAUAUGAACAUUUUGUUUUAAUACCACAUCUUCAGAACUGUUUGUACAAUAUGCAUUGGUGCUUCAUUUGGUGAUACUGCAAAACUAGGCCCAUACAAAACUGGAAUGUCAACUAAUUCAUUCCAUGCAGUGAUACUUUAGCUUAAAAAUGAGCAAUCAUUUGUACGAUGCUUAAAAUGGUUGGCUCAAAAUGCUUAAUUUCAAGUAUUCUUUAAUUUUACUGGAACAUAAGAGGCUGAGGGGCAACUUGAAGGCAUAGGCAGGCACAGUACUGUAGCAGUUAGCAUAAUGCUAUUACAGCACCAGUGACCCAGGUUCAAUUCCUGCCACUGUCUGUAAGGAGUUUGUACGUUCUCCCAGUGUCUGUGUGGGUUUCCUCUGGGUGCUCCAGUUUCCUCCCACAUUCCAAAGACGUACAGGUUAGGAAGUUGUGGACAUGGUAUGUUGGUGCUGGAAGUGUGGCAAAACUUGUGGGCUGCCCCCAGAACACUCUAUGCAAAAGAUGAAUCUCAUUGUGUGUUUUGAUGUACAUGUGAUUAAUAAAGAUAUCUUAAAAUAAGAGGCAUGUGUUUGGGGAUGUGGGCUGGAUUAUUGGGGUUGAUCUGCAGACUUGUACAGACUAGGGGAAGUUAAUAACUGCUCUUGUACCUUUUUCAUUUUCAAAAGAAACCUAGAUUUACCUGUGCUCCAUUUACAGUGCAACUUGGCUUCCUCCUAGCUGAGGCCUUUUAAUAAUCUACUACUUCCUAAUUUUAGUUUUGUUUUUAAAUAUGCCCCCACCAAGUCAGGUAUCAGAUGCUGCCAUUUGAGAAUUCCUCCAAAUAACACAUUCCUUAGCAGGUUUCUCUUGGUUAUGACUGCAACAAAAUGACGAUAAUCUCUGCACAUUUCAGGUCCAAGUAGCUUUACACCUGUUAUGAUAAAUAUUUAAUACAACUUUCCUCAUCUGGUACUCAAACUGUUUAGAUUUGUAGUUGAGGGUGGAUUUGAUUG